UUCAACCAAGAUGGCAGCUUGCUCAUCAGUUGUUUCGAAAGACAAAGAUAUGAAGACGCUGAUUGAACAAUUUUGUGCAAUUACAGAUGCAGGAGAACCUGUGGCAAAACAAAUGCUAGAAGCAUGCAAUGGAAAUCUUGAAAUGGCAGUCAACAUGCACGUGGAUACUCAAGCAAGUGGAUGUGACAUAGAAGAAACCAAUUCUAACCCUAGUACUUCUCAGUCUGAAAACGUCAGACCCCCAAUCCCUCAGACUCGUGGAAUUCUAGUUGAAGAUAGGUUUGUUUAUAACUUUAGACCAAGAAGAACACAUUCGCUAUCAGUUUUUGAUGCUUUUAGAGAUUUCCAGAGUGAGGCCAGAAUACAAGAGGAACAGCUUACUGGAACCAAAUAUGCCCAGUAUAAUAGAAAAAGAAAAACACUUGAAGAUCUUUUUCGCCCACCACUAGAUCUCAUACAUAGAGGAUCUUUUGAAUCUGCACGUGACAUGGGUAAACACACAAACAGGUGGCUGAUGGUCAACAUUCAAGAUGUACAAGAGUUUCAAUGUCAAGUUCUCAACAGGGAUGUAUGGAGUAGCCCAGCUGUGAAAAGUAUUGUGUCUGAACAUUUUAUCUUUUGGCAGGUUUAUCUGGAUAGUGAAGAAGGAAGUUGGUAUGCCCAGUUUUAUAAAGUCAGCCAGUAUCCUUAUGUAGCCAUUUUGGAUCCUAGGACAGGAGAGAAUUUAGUUGUAUGGAAUAAAGUAGAUCCAAUUUCAUUUUGUGAUUUGGUGACCAAAUUUCUUUGUGAAUAUCCCACACCAGAUGGUUCUGCUCCACGCCCACCUAUAAAGAAAUCCAAGAGUGAUAGAAUACUGGACCAAAGUGAGGAGUCUCAGAUGAAAGCAGCAAUUCAGGCUUCACUAGAAAAUAUUUCAGAUGUUUCAAUUCUUCCUGAGCCUGAAAUUGGUUCAGAAAUAAAUGAUGAUAGUGGCAUAAAGACUUGCGACUUGCAUUCUGAAAGUUUAUUGUCAGAAAAUAAUAAAACAACAUGGAAUAAAAAAACAAGCACAGUAGAGCCAGAUGAUGUAAAAAAUUUUACAUGUGGAAGUAUCUCAAAAUCAGAUAAAGAAGACACAAACCACAAGUUGAAAAAGAAAAUGGGUGAAAUUGAAAUUACUGAUGAAAGUGAUCCAUUAGAACAGUGGAAAGACUUCUUGGGUAGUGGUGAUGAUCCAGAAUCAAAAAUAAUGUUACGGUUUCCUACUGGAGAGCGUCAACAGAAACAGUUUCCUUGUUCCUCUCAGUUACAGGCUCUUGUUUCGUAUGUGGCUGCACAAGGCUUUCCGAGAGAGAAUUAUGAAUUAGUGACAAAUUUUCCUCGUCGUAACCUCAGUGAUUUGAAACCAAGUGAAACACUAAAAGAUGUUGGACUGUUUCCUAGGGAGACCGUUUUUAUUCAGCUAAAAACUACAUGACAAUCUGCACGUGCAACAGUUAUUUGUAAACUAAUAUUAAAACCAGUUUAAUCUUCCAAAGAGAAUCCUCGCUAACAAUCUUUCAAGGAUUGAUUGGAAUGUAAGAUGAAAACCAAUUGCUGACAUUCAGUAAUGAUUGCAUAAUUGCUCAAGUAUCAGAAUUAAGAAUUUCCUGGAGGAAAAUGUUAUUUGAUACUCACUGCCUAUUGUAAAAAUAGAUCUAGCAUUAUAAAACAAUAGUUUGAAACUGGUUAUUGUUGUCACAUUUUCUUUUUCUUGGACAAGUAAAAUAAAUUAGUCCUUUGUAUUGUAGUUUAUUCCUUUUUUUUCAGUUGUGACAAAUAAAGAAUUCAUGGUAAUUAU